AUGCAAGUUGAUGCAGAGGGUGAGUGUAGGCUUCGAUGUGUCGAUGAAGAGCAAUGCCGCUCGUAUAACUUUGGACUCAAGAAGCAUAAAGCCGGGAAUUUCUUGUGUCAGUUAAACGGUUCCGAUAAAUCUGUUGGCUUUGGUAACUUCACAAAAGAUGACAAUUUCAAGUACAGAGGAAUGGAGGUAAUAAAGGUGAAAUUAAAGAAGAAUGGCCAUCAGUAAAGGCUCGGGGGGGUACUCCCUAUAAUGGCCUCUACGGGGGGGCUCAGCCCGAAAGUACCUUUUUCAGGCUGCAGGUAUAUGAAAGGAUAGGGAUUUUACUCUUUGAAGUAUACGAAAGGGAAGGGAAAUCUGUCAUUUGGGUCUGUGAAAGGACCCAAAGGGCUAACAGAUGAAUUGUAUGGCUUUAUAAGUCGAGAAAAAGUUCUAUUUUUGAGAUUGAUUCCUGUUUUUAAAAAACGACAGUGCAUUUACAGCAGUGAAAAGGGAUCAGCAAAGUUCUACACAAAAUAUAUGAAAGGGAUUCCAUUUGUUAAUAGAAGGUACACGAAAGGGAUACCUUUUUCGUGAACAAUGGUAUAUAAAAGGUUAAGGGGUUGGACCUCGGGGCGGAGCCUACCCGUAAAAAUAUUUGUUGAGUGCCCCCCUUCCCCCAACCCCCGGAGUAAAGGAUUGCCUCUUCGGACGGUUUCAAUUGUCGCAGCAUAUCCCACAGUGCCGAAUGCAAAUGAGCUUCAACAAAGGAUUUUCUAUCCUCAUAAGCAUUAAAAUCGGCAGAUGAAAAAUGGGACGUUUGAACUUGACAUGAAGGAAAAAAUAGCCACAAAAAAUAUGGAAACUCGCGGGUAAGGUAGGCUUCACUUAAAAGAUUUUACAAGUGAUGAAUCUGUUAUUAUUUUUUACGAGUGAUGUAUCUGCUGUUUUUUGUUUUGUUUUUUGUUUUUUUAACAGAGUGCCUGCGUAGCCAGCAACGUAGAUCCUUGCGGUGCCAAAGGAAUCUGCAUCCCAGACUAUUCCAUAGACAGCUUUAAAUGCAAAUGUCACAAUGGCUAUGGUGGAAUACCUUGCGGUAAGGUUUCACCCCCACCCCCCUUCCAGAGUCUCCUCCCUUCCUGGGGAUGGAAAGUAAUUGACUACGACUCGAAGGUUGUUUCUUCAUCUGUAAACAUCUGUCUGUCUGUUUGUUUUCAAUUUGUGUUUAACAUGUCUUUAUUUAGAAAGCAAAGUUUAAACUCGGAUCAAAGGCUUUCUCGAAGUCUAUGACGCGGACAUUUAGUAAAUAUAUAUGAGGUUUAGUCUGAAUAAUUCUUCAGAUGCUUUGAAAGCCAAAUUUCAUGCUUUUAUUGCUCUAUCGAGUACGUUAAAAACUCAUUUACCUGUAAAUUACCUUUUUCAGAGGUAGUAAAAGACUGCUCUAAACUUGAUCAAAGUGAUUCCACAUCAAAUGGAAUAUAUUACAUCAUCCCAGAUGGUGGCAGUCCAAUACAAGUACUGUGUGACAUGACUACGGACGGCGGAGGUUGGACCGUCUUUCAGAGACGUUUAGACGGUUCGGCUGACUUUUUUCAGGGCUGGGAAUCAUAA